GCAUGAAUUGCUAACCGCUUCCCUUAUCACCAUUGUUACCAAUUGCUUUCAUUUCCACUCUCUCUUUCACUAAGCCAACUGGCAAAUUUGAUUGAUUUACCUUGGAAAAAAACAAGAGGGAGAAAGGAUCGAAGAAAGGACAAAAAGUAGUCUAGGAUUUGAGUGUGGUUCGUUUGGUCUUAUCCAGCUAUACCCUCUUUUCCUUUUCUGUUUAUAAACAACAGCUUCAAGAGUUUGCAUGUAUGUGAAAAUCCAAGAGAGAAAAGAGAGAGGAGUCUUUUUUUUUUAUUCAUUUUUCCAAUAGCAAAUUCAUUUCUUUUUAAUAUACGAGGGGUUGUAGAUCGGUUAGAGAAAAGAGAGUGAAAAAAAAAUGAAUGUAUCAGCUUCAAAAUGUGGUAGUGGCUGUGAAUCUGGUUGGACACACUACUUAGAUCAAUCCUCUUAUUCUCAAUCAAGGUAUCAAAAGUUUAGUGGGAACUUCGUGGUUGACGAUGAGGAGGAGGACUUAUCCAUGAUGUCUGAUGCAUCUUCUGGCCCUAGACCUUACUACCAAGAUUACGAGGAAUGCCAUAAGGAAAAUGGGAGCUUCUGUUCUGUUCCUGCAACCCCUGAACCAGCUAAGAGAAGCAGCAAAAACAAACAAAAAAUCAAAGAUCAUGGUAGCAAUCAACAGCAUUCUUAUCUUGAUGACACUGCCAGUUCCCCUGUAAUAAGCUUUUCCAAGAAGUGCUGCAAGAAAGAAGUUUCAAUGGAUUUGUUGGACUUUUCACAAGGGUUCUCUGGUACACAAUUAAAGGGCAAAUCAGCAUUCCACAAAAAUAUUGGUUUCUUGAAAUCUGGGAAAACAGGUUCCAAAGAUUCAGGUGGUUUCUAGUGAGGAAACUGGGGAAUGACAAAACGGGUAAACUGUCACAGCCUUUGUCUCUACAACUGCAUGCAGCUGCUCUGGAGAGAAAAAAUGUGAGGAAUUUGUAAAAAAAUUUAUAAAGGCAUUGGAUCACAAUGGGAUCUUGUUCCUUCCUUUAAUUCUAGUUUUUUAUUUGUUCCUGUCAUUGCAGUGGGAAACAACCUGAGAACAUUAAAAUAAAUUAAAUUCCU